CUUGUGUCGGGCAGUGCCUCUGUACGCGAAGGUCUCCUCAGAACGCCCGGAGCUGCACUCGGAGGUGGAACAGGGAGCAGAAUGAGUACCUCACAGGACCAGAGUGGCUGCUUCAGUAAUAAAGAACCCCAUUUGAGGUGUUGUGAUGCACGGAGGGACUUGGAGCUUGCUAUUGGUGGAGUUCUCCGGGCUGAACAGCAAAUUAAAGAUAACUUGCGAGAGGUCAAAGCCCAGAUUCACAGCUGCAUAAGUCGUCACCUGGAAUGCCUUCGAAGCCGUGAGGUGUGGCUGUAUGAACAGGUAGAUCUUAUCUAUCAGCUUAAAGAGGAGAUGCUACAGCAGCAGGCCCAACAGCUCUACUGGUUGCUGGGUCAGUUCAAUUGUCUUAUUCAUCAGCUGGAGUGCACCCAGAACAAAGAUCUAGCCAAUCAAGUCUCCGUGUGCCUGGAGAGACUGGGCAGUUUGACCCUCAAACCUGAAGAUUCGACUGUUCUGCUCUUUGAAGCCGAUAUAACUGCCCUGCGCCAGGCAAUCACCACGUUUGGGUCUCUUAAAACCAUUCAAAUUCCUGAGCACCUGAUGGCUCAUGCUAGUUCAUCAAAUAUUGGGCCCUUCCUGGAGAAAAGAGGCUAUAUCACAUUGCCAGAGCAGACUUCUGCCAGAGCCUGCAAUUUCUUCAGUAAAGUCUGGGGUAACCUAAAGGGCUUGGAAAAUUGGCUCCACAAGAGUCAGCAACAAGAAGUUUCUGAAAAACCAAGUUACCAGAAGUGUAACAGCCAUUCUACUACCAGUUCUUACUCCACUGAAAUUGAAAAGGUUGGAGAUCUAGAGCUUCUUGAUCAAGAUGAGAUGGAGCUUUCUGAUUGGCUGGUGACUCCCCAGGAAUCCCAUAAGCUUGAGAAGCCUGGGAAUGGCAGCUGUGAAACCAGUGAGAAGUUUAAGCUCUUGUUCCAGGUGUUCCAGGACACCUAUAGUGUGAAUGAUUGGCUUGUCAAGCCUGAUUCCUGUACCAAUUGUCAGGGUAACCAGCCCAAAGGUGUGGAGAUUGAGAACCUGGGCAAUCUGAAGUGCCUGAAUGACCACUUGGAGGCCAAGAAACCCUUGUCCACUCCCAGCGUGAUUACUGAGGAUUGGCUUGUCCAGAAUCAUCAAGACCCAUAUAAAGUAGAGGAGGUCUGCAAAGCCAAUGAGCCCUGUACAAGCUUUGCAGAGUGUGUGUGUGAUGAAAAUUGUGAGAAGGAAGCUCUGUGUAAAUGGCUUCUGAAGAAAGAAGGAAAGGAUAAAAAUGGUAUGCCUGUGGAACCAAAACCUGAACCUGAGAAACAUAAAGAUUCCCUGAAUAUGUGGCUCUGUCCAUCCAGAAGAGAGGCAACAGAACAAGCUAAGUCACCAAAGGCAAUGGCUUCUUCUAGAAUUGCUGAUUCCUUCCAAGUCAUAAGGAACAGUCCCUUGUCAGAGUGGCUUAUUACCCCCUCAUGCAAAGAAGAAUGUCCCAAGGAAGUGCCUCUUAGAGAGGACAGAGCUGGCAUACCAAAGCUUACAAGCCACUUGGCCACUUCCUGGUGUCCCUUUAACACAGCUGACUGGGUCUUGCCAGGAAAGAAGACAGGAAAUCUUAGCCAGUUAUCCUCAGGAGAAGACAAAUGGCUACUUUGAAAGGCCAAGGAAGUAUUACUUAAUUCGCCCCUACAGGAGGAACACAGCUUUCCCCCAGACCGUUACGGUCUCCCAGCAGUUUGUGAUCUCUUUGCCUGUAUGCAGCUUAAAGUUGAUAAAGAAAAAUGGUUGUAUCGAACUCCUCUACAGAUGUGA